UAGUUCAGAAAAGAACAUUGCUAAGAGCAAUCAGAGAGAUUGAGAGGCACUGGAGGCCUAGUCCAGCUGCUGGAGUAUCACAUUGAAAGGAAAUAUGGCAGCCAGGUGGUCCCAGAGACGAGGGCAACAUUCCUUGCUUUGGGGAUUGCUGAAGCUGUUUGGGAUUGCUGAAGCUUUUACUAUGGCAGAAAUUUCUUCAGAUAUUUCUUCUCUACUUGAGGAAAAGACAAACGUGAUCUCAAAGUUAGGGGGAAAUGUCACCCUCUCUUGUUGGGCAGACUUGCAAUUAGAAAGUGUCCGUGUCUCUUGGUACCACCUCAAUCAGCAUGGAUCACACACUGUGGUAUUUAGUUAUUCUUCUGAAGAUGAUCACAUAGAUCAGUCUGUGGAGUUCCAGGAACGUACCUCCCUCGUCAUCAGGCCAAAGGUGGUAAUGCUGCAUUUGAGAAAUGUGAAACUGCAAGACAGUGGGACAUACAAAUGUAUCCUGCAGGAUAACCAACAAUCGGUAGAGCAAUAUGUGAUUCUCCAAGUGACAGACCCAAAAGAAACCUUGCAAGACGAUGAUGACUCUGUGGUUAUUUAUACAAUGGUGGGGUUCAUCUUGGCAGGCCUGGUGGCAUGGAUGAUUUCCUUCUGCAUUUUAUGUAAGAGGGGAGACCUGCAAUGCUCCAGAAACUGGGACCAACAAAUAUGACACGGAUGGGGACUGGUGACAAAUGGACCUGUUUGGUGGCUCAAUACUCUAAUACCCCUACCUUUUCUCUGUACAGGUCUGCAUCAGACCUGAGGCAAAAAUGUGAAUGAAUGUUUUGCCUUAAAUGAUGCCAGUUGUCUGUUUUGUACUGGGGUUCCUCCUUCCCUUCCCUAGUGUCCAAUCCCUUAUUUCCAGACAAAACAUGCUAUUAAGAAAAAAUAUGAUAUUAAUCAUUUGCAUUUUAGUGUAGUUAGUUACUUCUCUCAGGGAUUAUUUGUUUUGUUUUCAUCUUUGUUUCUUCCAAUUGUUAUAUAAAAACAAUUUUAAAUGUUUGUUUUAAAUUCUUUCUCUUCUUUCUUUCACUCUGCCUCCUUGAGAAAACAAGCAAUUUGAAAUUGAUUAUACAUGUGCAAUCAUGCAAAAUAUAUUUUCAUAUUAGCUAUAUUGCAAAAAAGCAAGAAAAAACCAUAAAAAAAAGUAAAAUAAAAUAUGCUUCAAUUUUUA